GCCUGACACAGAAACCAGCCAAAGUUCUCAAUACAGUUUUGAAUCGCUGCCCCAGAAGAUCUGUCUCAUCUGUGGUGAUGAGGCUUCUGGCUGCCACUAUGGAGUACUUACCUGUGGAAGCUGUAAAGUCUUCUUUAAAAGGGCGAUGGAAGGGCAGCACAACUAUUUAUGUGCUGGAAGAAAUGACUGCAUUGUCGAUAAAAUUCGGAGGAAGAACUGUCCGGCGUGUCGCUUGAGGAAGUGCUGUCAAGCUGGUAUGGUCCUGGGAGGUCGAAAACUUAAAAAGUUUAACAAAAUUAAGGUUGUGAGAACGUUAGAUGUCGCGCUCCAGCAGCCAGCAGCCCUUCAAGAUGAAAGCCAGUCUCUAACCCAAAGGCUGUCCUUUUCUCCAAAUCAAGAAAUACAGUUUGUUCCCCCAAUGAUAAGUGUUUUACGAGGCAUUGAGCCAGAAGUUGUCUAUGCUGGUUAUGACAAUACAAAACCCGAAACACCGAGUUCCUUGCUGACCAGUCUGAAUCAUCUUUGUGAGAGGCAACUUCUUUGUGUAGUCAAAUGGUCUAAACUCCUACCAGGAUUUCGGAACUUGCACAUCGAUGAUCAGAUAACCCUCAUCCAGUAUUCCUGGAUGAGCCUAAUGGUUUUUGCGAUGGGAUGGAGAUCGUACAAACAUGUCAGUGGUCAGAUGUUAUAUUUUGCACCAGAUCUGAUUCUAAAUGAACAGAGGAUGAAAGAAUCAUCGUUCUAUUCCCUGUGUCUAUCCAUGUGGCAACUCCCACAGGAAUUUGUCAGACUUCAAGUUAGCCAAGAAGAGUUCCUGUGUAUGAAAGCGCUGUUACUUCUCAACACAAUUCCUCUGGAAGGUCUAAGAAGUCAAAGCCAAUUUGAUGAGAUGAGAACAAGUUACAUUAGAGAACUGGUGAAGGCCAUUGGUUUGCGCCAGAAAGGCGUUGUGGCCAACUCGCAACGUUUCUAUCAACUGACAAAGCUGAUGGAUUCCAUGCAUGAUCUAGUGAAACAGCUCCACCUCUUCUGUCUGAACACGUUUCUGCAGUCCCGUGCACUGAGUGUUGAAUUCCCCGAGAUGAUGUCCGAGGUGAUUGCUGCUCAGCUACCCAAGAUUCUGGCAGGGAUGGUGAAACCUCUUCUCUUUCACAAAAAGUGA